AUGCACUUCUCUACCACCGUUGCUAUCCUCGCCGUCGCCGCUGGCGUCCAGGCCGCCAAGCGUGCUGAGCCCCCUGUGCACGAGCGUGUUGCUCGCGCUGGUGCUGCUGGCACCGCUGCUGCUGGUACCGCUGCCGCUGGAACCGCUGUCAGGACCGGUACCCACCCCAUCAUGACCGGCGCGCCUGCCCACAACGGUACCACCAACGGCACCGUCCCUACUUCCUCCUCUGCUGGCCACUCCAGCAUUGCGGUCAUCCCCUCCAGCACCAGGAGUGCCGGUGCCGGCGCCAGCUCCAGCGCUGGCUCCAGCUCUGGCUCCGGCACUGGUACUGGUACUGGCUCCGGCUCCGGCUCUGGCUCUGGAUCUGGCACUGGCUCUAGCUCUGGCUCUGGUUCCAGCUCUGGUUCGGGCGCUGGCUCCGGCAGCAGCAACACCCCUGCCUCCCCCAGCUCCACUGGCUUCAACCCCUCCAAUGCUGGUGCCAACGUUCACCCCAUGGGUGUUGCCGGCGUUAUUGUCGGUGGUGCUGCCUACGGUCUUAUGCUCCUCUAA